GCGGGGCUCUCAGUGGAGCUGCGUACAGUGAACGGACUACACAGCAAUGCGGACGAAGAAGGGCAAAAACGAGGGGAAUAGUCCGGUUUUCUCUAACAACCCGGCGAGUCGGGGCUUUGCUUGGUCGUGAGGCAUCAUUUAACAGGGGUUCCGUCUCUGAAACCACACAUAAAAGGACAAUAACUGGCUUGGAAGUAUCUCCGGGGCGGAUAUUUUCCCGACAAAACCGUCACCCACAUUCGUAUUCCCAGCCCCGGUCGUGAGAAAUAGUCCUCUAAAAGAAUGAUUGCUUGAAUAUUUUUAUACUGUCUUGUAGCCUUUUUUUGCCAGCAACGCUUCCCAUUUUUACAGACUCGCUAUGGUGGACUCUCCUACCAUGAGGAAGACUUUUGUGGUCCCAGACAUAAAGCCAUUGGAUUUGUAUGACUGUACUAAAGCAAAAAUAUGCGCAAGUGUCGGCUGGCUAUUGGCAAAGUCCUACGGCAGUGCAGAGAAUGUUCCUGCAGAGCUCCGUGACCCCUUCUAUUGUGACCAGUAUGAGCAGGAGCACCUCAAACCACCAGUGACGCGCCUCCUGCAGUCCUCAGAGCUCUACUGCCGCACCUACAGCCUUUUACUGGGGGGCAGCGAGGCACAGCCCAAAGACAACAUCGCCCUGGUGCAGCUCCUCACUCAGAGAGGCAUUCUCUCCAAAGACCAGGACGCAGCGGUGACUGAUGCAGACCUCCGACAUAAACCCAUCAAAAUGAGUGCUCACCUGGCAGUGAUGGAUGCCCUGAUGGCUAUGGGAGCCAUGGAGACGGUGACUGCGGUGAAGACAUGUGGUUCUGCUGAGCUUCUGGGUGGAUCCUCCAGCUGGGAGGAUGCUCUGCUUUAUUGGGUUAAUGAGCUAAACCAGAAGUUGAAAGAAUGUUCUGAAGGAGCCCAGAGUGACACGUCUCAGGCCAUUACAGAGCCCCAACCUGUUCAACCCUCUCUCCGCUACAGAAAGGAUAAAAUUCAGUCCAAACAGAAGCCUAUCUUUCCAGUGGUGAAUGAAGUCAAAGACCUGUCCAGUGGUUGUGCUGUUGCUGCAGUCAUACAUUACUAUUGCCCUGGCUUGCUAAGACUUGAAGAUGUUUGUAUGAAGGAGUCCAUGUCUGUAGCAGACAGCUUGUACAAUCUGCAGUUCAUCCAUGAGUUCUGUGACAGCUGUCUAAAGAGCUGCUGCCACUUGACUCUGGAGGACAUGCUAUACACACCACAGGAGCUUCAGCUCAACUUGUUGAGCUUCCUAGCAGAACUGCUUAGUUGGUUUGAAGUACGAAGGCCAGAAUUUGUUCAGCCAAUAGACACAUUAGAUGGAUCCACAUCAGUAACACCAAAUAGCUUGAGUGGUAACAGUACUUCACCUUCUAUCUUCAAGAAGCCUUUCCUCCCCAUCUCCUCUCUUCCAUCAGGAUCUUUGACUCAGUCUACCUCAAUGUCUCAUAUAGAAGGAGUUGGGAAGACAUGGAGCAAGAAACCUCUCAGUCGCCCCAUGUCAGCAGUAUCCUUCAGCAUUCCUUUUGGCCUGGACAGUGAUGUAGACAUUGUGAUGGGCAACCCUGUGAUAACCCGCUCUAUGAGUUCAGACCAACUCAACCCAGCUGGCCAAAACAUGACCCGGGUGCCCUUCAGUCCCCCUGAAGACCUCAGCAAUCUGCUGAGCAAACCACCGGGCCCCAACGGUCCCCAGAGAGCUUCCUGGGCCACUCAGACUCCCAGUAUUCCAAGGCUGGCAGAGGAAAAUGGCCUUGCGGCAAGUGAAACAGGAGAGCUGCCUACCAUUGAAGAGGCUCUCCAAAUUAUUCACAAUGAGAGCAAGAUGGAGCCUCGUUUACACCCAGAUGGGGCUCCUGAUGGCUUCUACCUCCACUCUCCCGAUGACCCUGCUAGUUCUAGACAUAACAGCAACUUAGCACCCAUCAGCUGCUCUGCCCCUACACGCUCAGGAAUGAUGUACCGGCCCACGGGAGAGUCCAGGGUGCCUACUCGCACCAGGAAUACCUCUGAAUGUUCACGAGAUGAUGACUCAGUCUUGAGAGACGGCAGUGUGGACUCGGAUGCAUCAGAAGACCUCCCUAAAGCCCAGUCCACUCCGACGACACCGGCUGCUGGCGCACACUCUGCUAGAGGCCAUGGCAAAGAGGUGUCUGACAGUGGUGUGAAGAUGACCAGCUUUGCAGAACGCAAAAAGAAGCAGAUUAUGGAUUCUCCCAAAGCCAGCGAACCCUCUUCUCCUCAGAUGACCACGUGGGCACAAAAGUCUGAAGAAAUCCCCAGCAGUAGCCCACAACUCAAUAAUGAGAUGUCUGAGCUGGGCGUUCGGCUCGAAGAAAAGCGCAAGGCUAUCGAAGCCCAGAAGAAACGCAUUGAGGCAAUUUUUGCUAAACACCGGCAAAGACUGGGAAAGAGUGCCUUUCUGCAGUUAAAGAAGGAGCAGCGUGAGGAUGAAGGCGAGGGGGAAGGAGGGGAUGGGCAGGUCAGCACCUCAUCCACGGAAGAAGAACUCUCUCGUUUGGCACUGGAAGAAAGGCUAGCUCGAAUGGAAGAGGACGAGCAGCAGGAACUAGACAAACAGCGGCGCUCAGUGGAGGAUGAGGGUAAUGUUAAAGUAGGACUCAAACAGGUCAGUCACUCCAAAGAAAAGCCGGGUACCCCAGGAGAGAAGAGCUCUGGGACACCUGCUGAGAAAAUGGUAGCUCCACUAGGGGACUAUAACAAUGCUGUAUCCAAGCUGACGGCAGCUCUUAGCUCCCUGCAAAGUGACAUGCAGAGGCUUACUGAGCAGCAGAACCAGCUAAUCAACAAAAAAGCUCCAGCUUCCAGCAACAAAUCCUGGGUCAUUCCAGCAAGCCCUAAAACCUCCACCCCAGCCCCUGCACGUCUGCCACGAGAAUCCACCCGAGAUUUAAAUUCAUUCUCCUCUUCUCCGUCUCCAUCUCGCAAAACCACAAACCACAACACUCCUCCUAAAUCUCCUCAUAUCCAUAGAAGAGCCCAAUCUGUGCCCCCUAAAAGCCCCAAACACCACCAAAAUAGUCGUCCCUUGGACGUUAAGGUCCCAACCCUCUCGAGGGUUCUCAACACACCUCAAAGCGUGGACCGCAUCCCCCACCUUCGUCGUGGAAAUCCCUGGCAAUCCCAAGUCCAGACUUCAUCCUCAUUCUCCAUUGGUGACUCUGACAGCCUAGAUGAGCUGCGCUCAUCUGGACCAUCUCCUGUCCCUACACCUAAACUGACCCCUAUACCAACUCCUACCCCGACUCCCCAACCUGCAUCAGAUGACAUGCUGUCAGAGGUAGGCUCCAAUGACGAUCAUAGUAUAUUUAGCAUGGACCUAGAGGCCGAGCCCUUGCAUGGUCCUUCGGCUAAGAAGGACGGGCUUGUAGGUGCUGGCUGCAGCUCUGGUGCCGCAUCGGAGUGCUCCUUUGAGAGUGAUGUCCCUGCAGGGAUUGUGAAUGGCAAACGCAGCAGCCUGAUAGAGAUCUCGCUGUCUGCUUUGCGAGGAGACGCAGAGGAGGAUGACCAAGUACCUGACGCUUUCUCUGACUCGAUGAGUGACUGGACAGAGCCGGAGGGGAAAGCAGGGGUUGGUUUCUUUUUCAAGGAUGACAAGGAGCGACCAGAGGAUGAAAUGGCCCAGCGAAGAGCAGCUUUGCUGCAGAAACAGCAGAAGAGAGCAGAAGAGCUGAAAAGACGCAAACUUGAACAAGAAAAAGAGUCAAACAAGCCUCAGUGGAUGAUCAUCGAGGGCUGGGGGAAUAAGAGUGAGGACAGACCCCAGACCCCAGGCACCCCUCCAGCAUCAUGCACCCCACCAGUAGAGGGGACUCCACAGCGCAGAGGCGACUUCACUAAGCUGGAGUAUGAGAGGAGACAUCAGCUGAAGAUCAUGGAAGACUUGGACAAGGUGCUGAGGCAGAAACCCACCACGGUUCGCGGUGUCAAGAAGCAGCGACCCAAAACUGUGUUCAGAGAUGACUCUGUUCUCCCUCAUAGCCCUGUCAAGGGUUUCAUGGGCACCAAGCUGAACAAAGUGUACUCCCACUCAACCAUGAACCUGUCCUCCAUGGCUAAUGACCUGACUGUCAGGAAGUCUCCUAGCCGUUCACACUCUCCCUCCCGGCUAAUGUCACCGGGCACCAGGCGAACAAGUGCUCAGAAUGGAGAGAAGGACUGGGAGAAUGGCUCCACUAUUUCGUCUCCUGCCUCAAUCCCGGAAUACACAGGACCAAAACUGUACAAGGAGCCUAGCUUUAAGUCCAACAAGUUCAUCAUCCACAAUGCUAUCACUCGCUGCUGCCUGGCCGGCAAGGUCAAUGAACCACAGAAAAACAAGAUUGUAGAGGAUAUGGAGAAGAGCACAGCCAACCACUUCCUCAUCCUCUUCAGAGACACCAGCUGCCAGUUCAGAGCAGUUUACACCAUGAAUCCUGAAAAUGAGGAGAUGGUACGGCUCACUGGCAUUGGCCCCCGGAUCAUCGCACCUGAGAUGGUUGAGUCCAUUUACAAAUACAGCUCUGACCGCAAGCAGUUCACUGUCAUCCCGUCCAAAACCAUGUCCAUGAGUGUUGACGCCUUCACCAUCCCCGGCCACUUUUGGCAAAAGCGCCCAGGGACUCCCAAGAAGCUUGGCACUCCCAAAUAAAGACAUACCCAAGAUAAGGUAGAGAUGUUACCUUUCAGGGAACCAACUCCCAACUUGACUCCUAUUGUCAUCUAUUUUGGCCAGUGAGGCACUUGAGAUUGUUCAUUACCCAGUGAGACUAGCAGUGGACAGCAUGACUGAUUAGGCUUUUGGCCAGCUAACAACCUGGACCCCGAGAAUAAUAACUCUAUAUGCCAAGAGAAAGGGCCAGUCACUCAUUCAGCAAAUGUAGUCACAAUAGCUCUAUUGAGAGCUUCUGAAUGGCUCUCCCUGGUCUACCUAGAUUGUAAAAUGUAAUGUGAGUGAUUCUGUCCGGAAGAAAAAUUCUCUAUACCUUGCACCCUGCCUCCUCAUGCCUUGCCUUACCCUGCCCCCAGAGUCAUUUUUGCGACUCCUAGGUAAGAAAAAGAGGGGACAACCACACUGCCUUUGCCCACACAACAGUAUUUUGGGCCAGAGUAGUUCCCGCCCCUCUCAGUUCUGCUUGCUUUUCCUUUUGCUGCCUUUUCUUCUUCUUCUUCUUCCAGGGCUCACUCUCUCUCCAGUCUGAGACAAAUGGCUCAGCUCUCAGUUCUGAUAGGAGAUCUCAGCUGAAAAUGAAUAGCAGGUAACACUGCUCUCAUAUGAAUGUAGAGCACACACUUAACUACUCAUUCCAUUCAGGGGUGUUUUCACUGGUUGGUAAGGACCAGAAAAUGCCAUAGUGGGUAGUUCCUCUGUGGGCUGCACUGGUGGUGGCUACUGUGGUUGUCCGUGGACUUGCACACCUAGAAACUGCCUGUGCCCCCAUAGUUUGUGCAUUCCACUCCAUUCCAACUCUCCUUCAGCUGUAGACAACUGGAUGUUUUUUUUAUACUAUUUUGACAUAUUUUUGCUGGACAAAUCGCUUCGGCCUUUGAGAGCUGAAAGAAGAAUGAUAUUCAUGUGACUUUUUCCUCUUAACUUGCUUUCUCAUUUUCAACAUGUGAUGAAUUGAAAUGUUAUCUGAGCUUACCUUGAAAAAAAAAAUACUGGAAACAUGAAGGAGGGCUUUAUCAUGUUUAUCAUUACGUGGAUACAGCUCUGUGUGAAAAUGAUAAUCAAUGCUGAUUUAAUAUAUACUGAAUGCUGAUUACUUUGAUUUUUUUUGACAAUGAUUUGUAAAAUAAGUUGACCUUUGUAAAGCUACGAAUAAGCUAGCCUGCUGCUUAAGCAUUAGUGAGAUGGAUGUUUGAGAUGAGAAUGAGUGAAUGAGAACGAAUAGAAAUUGUCAAACAGCUGAAAAUUGCUGCAACAUUUUGUCUAGGGAUUAAUAAAUCCUUUAGGUCACUAGGAGUCUGUUUCCUGUUAUGAUUCCCUGUUUGUCCCUGUAUUUAAACUGUAGGUUUCUUAAUGAAGGAUCAUUCCGGACUGUAACAGCCCUCAUCUUCCCCUCAUAGUCUCUUGAGACUCCUUGAUGUGUAACUGGGGGAAUUUAAAACGCCAAACAGUUGUUGUUGGGUUUUUUUGCCAGUGUGUCCAUGCUUUUAAGAAAAACACUUGACCCUGCAGUUGGUUGUGAUCAGGUCAAUUAUCACCACAAAAUCUGUGGGAAAUUGGCCUUCUUCCCUCACUUUGCAGUCUUAAGCACUACAGCAGCUGCGAUGGAGCAGCUGUCUUUCAAAUCACUGACUGCCUCUAACAAAUGUGUAAAAUAUAAAAAGAUGAUUGAUAAAAGUGUGAGUGUCGGAGUGCAUAUGGAAUUGGUGGAUGUUUGUAUUUAUGUUUGUAAAGAGUAGUAUGUGGUAGUUGAACACUAUUUUGAUUCUGUGCAAUUCUCCCCUAGAAAUCCCCAUUUCACGCAGAGGUGUAUUUAUUUAGUUUGUAUUAGAUGGUGCAUUUGAUGUUUAGUUUCAGGUUCAACUUUUGUCUUUUUUUGGAUGGUAAGUCACUCAUUCAUUUCAUAGACAUUGUCAUAACUUUUAUGUUGUUUUUCAUUCUCUUCUGUUUAAAUCAGUGCCAGCACAUUAUGUAUGUCCAUUUCAUAAACUGACUAUCCUUGGCAACUGGACCAGACGAAUAAAAAUCUUUUUAAAUCAUC